UAAGUAUAACCUCAGUCUUAUUGAGGCCGCCAGACUGUUAACGUGGCAGCAAACUUAAUUACAAUUUCGAUCUCUGUGACCUAGUGAAAUAUUAAAGCUGAGCUCAUUGGAGUAAACUUAAAGCUGGUUCCUGUAUACACAUGUUCAAAGACUCGCUGGAUUUUGUAGAUUUGUUUGCUACUUAAUAAGUUGUGGUAAAACAUCCAUAUAAGAUCCCUGCGUGUCAUUAUUUAAAACACUAUUUGCUUGCUAUAAUUGGGUACUGCUGUAAAAUCAAUUGCUAUAGUGGAUUCUAUUAGAUUUAGCAAACAAGAUGUUACCACGCUCAACAUAUUUAUAUUGCACGAUUGGUGUUCUACUCCUUGUCAGCAAUAUGUCGAGAGUUAGUGGAAAGUCUAUCGCAGAAUCAACAAAUAAACCGCCGGAUCCAAUGAGCGAGAGCAGAAACCAAGCUACAAUAGGAUAUAAACUAACUUCAAAUACAAAUGCUGGAAAGAUGUCUGCCGAUGGCAAUAGCGUAAAUAAUGUUAAUAAUGUAGAUUCUAUCGUAUUUAAUGAUUUUACUAUUAAUGAUUCUAGAGGUUUUAUUAGUCGAGAUAGGAGAUUUACUGGUAGUGAUCCUUUUAAAUCGAGUGGGUUUAUUCGUAGCAAUUGGAGGGAUUUUGUUGGGAGAGAUACUUUUGAAUCAAGGGGGUUUUUUGAUAGAGAUUCUUCAGAAUUUAACGGUUUUACUAGUAGCGAUUCUUUCUUUGGUAGAGAUUCUGAACCAAGGAGUUUUAUUGGCAGAGAUUCUUCUGAAUCUAAGAAUUUAGGACGUAGGGAUCCUUCUGAAUCUGGUGGUUUAACUGAUAAUAAUUCAUCUGAAUCCAAGAAUUUUACUGGUAGUGAUUAUUAUAAUUCUAAGGAUUUAACUGGUAGUAAUUCUUCUGUCUUUAGUAACGUUCUUGGGCUUUAUUAUUCUGUUUCUAAGGAUUCCACUGGUAGUGAUUCUUUCGAAUCAAAAAAUUUAACUGGUAGUGGUUAUUCAGAAUCUAAGGAUAUUACUGAUAGUAAUUCUUCUGCCUCGAUAUUUUAUACUAGUAGUAAUUAUACUGAACCUAAGGAUUCUUCUGGUAUCAUUUACUCUGAAUCUAAGGAUUUUUCUCGUGGAUACUCUUCUGAAUCCAAGAAUUUUACUAUUAGUAUUUCAUCUAAAUCCACAAAUUUUACUGGUAAUAAUCCAUCUGAAUCCAGUAAUUUUACUAGUAGCGAUUAUUCAGAAUCUAAGGAUAUUACUGAUAGUGAUUCUUCGCCCUCUACAAUUUUUACUGGUAUUUAUUAUCCUGAAUAUAAAGCUUCCACUGAUAGUGAUUCUUCUGCCUCGAUAUUUUAUACUAGUAGUAAUUAUACUGAACCUAAGGAUUCUUCUGGUAGUGAUUAUUCUGAAUCUAAGGAUUUUUCUAGUGGAUACUCUUCUGAAUCCAAGAAUUUUAAUAUCAGUAUUUCAUCUAAGUCCAAUUUUACUGGUAAUAAUUCAUCUAAAUCUAGGAAUUUUACUAGUAGAGAUUAUACAGAAUAUGAUGAUAUUACUGAUAGUGAUUCUUCUGCGUCUAGAUUUUUUACUGGUAUUUAUUAUCCUGAUUUUAGUGAUUCUUCUGCCUCUAUGUUUUAUACUAGUAGUUAUUAUUCUGAAUCUAAGGAUUCCAGUGGUAGUGAUUAUUCUGAAUCUAAUUACUUUUCUGGUACAGAUUCUUCUGAAUUGAAUAAUUUUACUGGUAAUAAUUCAUCUGAAUCCAGGAAUUCUACUGGUAAUAAUUCAUUUGAAUCCAGUAAUUUUACUAGUAGCGAUUAUUCAGAAUCUAGGGAUAUUACUGAUAGUGAUUCUUCGGCCUCUACAAUUUUUACUGGUAAUUAUUAUUCUGAAUAUAGCGAUUCCACUGAUAGUGAUUCUUCUGUCGCUUUGUUUUAUACUAGUAGUUAUUAUACUGAAUCUAAGGAUUCCUCUGGUAGUGAUUAUUAUGAAUCUAAGGAUUCCACUGGUAGUGAUUAUUCUGAAUCUAAUUACUUUUCUGGUACAGAUUCUUCUGAAUCCAAGAAUUUUACUGGUAAUAAUUCAUCUGAAUCCAGGAAUUCUACUGGUAAUAAUUCAUUUGAAUCCAGUAAUUUUACUAGUAGUGAUUAUUCUGAAUCUAGGGAUUCCACUGAUAGUGAUUCUUCUGCGUCUAGAUUUUUUGCUGGUAUUUAUUAUCCUGAUUUUAGUGAUUCUUCUGCCUCUAUGUUUUACACUAGUAGUUAUUAUCCUGAAUCUAGGGAUUCCACUGAUAGUGAUUCUUUGUCCUCUAUUUUUUAUACCAGUAGUUAAUUUAAUUUUAAUUAUUCCGAGAACUCUUCUAAAUCUAGUGAUUCUAUUGACAGUGUUUCUACUGAAGUAAACUAUAAAAUGGUGUACAAGUAUAAUACUUUGUGCUACUUAAUUUAAAUAAAUAUAUAGAUUUGGUAAGACUAACGAUAAGUUUUAAUUAAAAAUUUGUAAAGAGAAAAGAACAAUAAAGAAAAUAAUAAGAGACAUAGAUGAGAAAA